UACUCAUUGUUGCGAGAGAGAGAGAGAGAGAGAGCGAGCGAGAAGGGCCGCGGGAAGACAAAGGGGUGGUGGGGAACAAAGAAAGGAGCGGGUGGACGGCGGCCGGUGAGCACCGCCGCGACCAGUCGAGCACCUUCCGCCGCCGCGAAUCCACACACCAGAAGCCAUGGAUGAUGAAGCAGAUCCCUGGGGAGACGUAGAAGAGACGCCCGCAGUGGAAACCCCUGCCGCGCCGGCAGAGGGUGCCGAGGGUGCUCCGGCUCUCGAAGGUGAGGUCGCCGCGGCGGCCGAGGGCGAGGUUGCCGCCGAGGAUGCGCCACCUGCACCGAAGCGCCACGACCCCAACAGGCCGAUCCUGUGCAAGUACUUCAACAGGAAGCGCAACCUGAACUACAGCUACCUGUACGACUACCGCCACAGCUACUACGACGACGUGAUCAAGUACCUGGACGGCAGGCAACGCGGCCAGGCGCUCGACCUUCCGCGGCCGCAGACCUGGGCCGAGCGCGCCCUGCGCACCUACCCAGAGCGCAUCCGCUCGGCCAGGGACACGGCCAAGGACUCGGACCUGCUCCAAACCAUCCGUUCCAGCAACCAAGCCUACUACUACCACACGCGAGAGUACGUCAACAGGCGGCAUUCGGGCACCUAUCUGUGAGCGCCGCCCUCCUCCGCUAACACCUGCAGGUCCGUCAACCGAAGAGCCACAAUGCGCUUCUAAGAGUCUGCACCGAUCGCAAAUAUUCUUAUUAUUCUUCUUCACAUUUUUCUUUCUUUUCCUCGGAUCUAUCUUUAUAGCUGGCUGUUUUCCGCUUUAUCAUAUUUUUCUUCUUCUUCUUCUUGUCCCCUCCUUGCCGCGAUCGAUCUUUCUCUUCGCAAAAAAUGUACCGACAAUUUUUUACUCCAAUAAAUGCGCGCUCUGAGGUAUCUCAAAACGAAAAAAGAAUAUUUAUUUUUCUCUGAAACUUGCUCGUUCUUUUUUCUGUACUGGUUUGUUCAAACAUCGCCAUUUCUCGCAAGUGUACUCACUCAACUCUUUGUCUCUUGCUGUGUAUUAUCGAAUGGAUUUAUAACAAGUGGAUCUAAUAAAAUGGAUUGGUCACAUAACAUCUUAAA